AUGGAUGAACAGGUAAAGAACAAUAAGAUUAGAGACGGAGAGCUGGAGGAGAGAAAGAGGGGAGGGGAUUCAGAGCAGAGGAAGAGGAGGAGGAGGAGGAGGAGAAAGCCGUGGCAGGGAGGAAAAUUAAUUGCCGGCUGCAGGUUAUUGGCUGGCUGAGCUGCCGCGGAGCUGCUGUUGUUCCAGCGUGAAGAAGAGGAUGCUGCAGAAAGAGAGAGAGCGGCGGCGAGCAGAGAGCUGCAGAUCUGCCCGCUGAUUCCUCGUCUGAUGAAGCAAACAGGGAGGGAAAGAGCAGAUCUGUGUCUUUAUCCUGAGGAAGAAAGAGAAGCAGCAGCUGCAGGAGGAGGAAGAGGAGGAGGAGGAGGAGGAAGGGGAGGCUUUGCCCAGACGAGGAUCACCUUCUGUGGGAGGAGGAGGAGGAGGCUGUUCUCCUGGGAAAUCAGGCAGUGGAGGAAACAUCUAG